AUGAUAAACGCGGGCCAAGUAGGCGCCUGUGUGUGUGUGGGGGGGGGGGAGGCCGGGGGGAGGCCCCAACCGGCGGGAGGAAACCCAACCCCAAAGAUCUCCAUCGCCACACUGCCGCUGGAUGCCUUAGAACACAUCAUUGAGGACUUCAAAGCGCAUCCAAACGGUGACGGCGGCGGCGGCGGCGGCGGCGGUAAGCACGGCCACGCAGCUGGAAACGGCCGCAGUGGCGGCGGCCGCGGUGGCGGGGGCGGCACCGCCACCGUACGCAUCACCACCACCACCAAUGCUGCCGGCCGCGCCGCCGGCCGUAACUGGAACCAAGUUGCCGGCGGUGGCGCCGCCGCCGCCUCCGGCGGCGGCGGCCCUACGCGCCGUAGCCACGGCAACUUGGGUUCCAUGUCAUUCAACUUCGCCGCCAAGCCCUCCACCCCGCCGGGAAGCGGAGCGGGUGGGCCCCAGGCCGCGGGGGUUCCCGAGUCCGCGGCUCACCUGCAGCGCUUCAUCGCCCUGGACGCCGCCCAGCUGGAAAACCACUUCGUCAUCGCCAACCCCAACGGAGCGCCCGUCAACGAUUUGCAGGAGGUGAUCGACACCGCCUCCUCAAUCGAUGGAUUGCCGCCCCAUCGGGAGACGGUGGUAGUGCUGACGGCUAUGCCUGACGGCGUACCCGUACCGAGGACUGUCCCAGUGGAUCAGCCCAUUCCCGGAAGCCUCCGCCGCAGCGGCAUCAUCCACCCGUACGGGUACGGCAUCUCCGCGACCGGCGGCGUCAGCAUGGCGGAUGCCCUGCUGCUUGACGGUGCCGUACGGUCCAGCGCAAGCUCGGCGUCAUUGCUGGCGGCGGCGGGGCAGGUCUCCGCUGUGGACGUUGCCGCCGGGUACGACGCCGGUGACGCCGACAGCGGCGGUGUGUCGGCGUCGCGUCGACCUUCGGCAAACUUGGUGCCGACGGCGCCGGCGGCACCUCUGUCGCCACAGCGUUCCAUGGUGACGUUGCUUUCGCCGCGGCGCGGCGGCAGCAGCACGCCGCCGGCGCGCCGAUCCGACACGGGUGUUGUGCCGCGCGGGAUGCCGUACACGCCGACCAGCCGUACACCGUCGGAGUCGGUGUCGAUGGCGGCGGCCGCCUUGUCGCCGCCGCUGCGCUCGAUGACUGCAGGCACGACCUCAGGGCCGGGGGGGUCGUACUACUCAGGCACCGCAACCCCGAGUUAUAACGGCAACAACACCUUGCCGGCGUUGGGUGACAGCGGCCGUGUAGGUGGCGGCGGCGGCGGCGGCGGCCUUCGCAGGUCGGCGCCGCCGCGACGUGGCUCCGCUUCACCCCUUGUACGACGAGAAGGAUCUGCCGAGGGCGUCUCGCAGGUGCUGCCGUUACUCGUACGAAUGAACUCGCCGGAUCGUCAGUACAUGGCGGCAGCGGCAGCUGGCGGCGUCGACGCUGGUGGCGGCGGCGGCGGCGGUAGCGGCGACGCGUCAGUCAGUGGCAUAGAUUCGGCGGUCGUAUCGCCGAUCAACGUCGGCGGCUCUGUGCUCGGUGGCGGCGGCGGUGGCGGCGGCGGCGGCGUCAUGUCCCCUGGGUCACGUUCUGGAUUGUUCUUCGGAGUCGCUGAACAACAAGACGUGAGCCCCACGCGUUCCCGCCUCCAUGCCCGUAUCGCCACUCUCCAGUCCGAACGGAGUACUAGACAGGCGGCGCAGCCGCCGACUCCGGCCCCGCGGCCUUCUAGCCCGUUGCAGCCCCGGGGUGUUGCAGGGGGGGGGAUGGGGCGGGGGGGGAUGGUGGGUGCAUUGACCGGCAAGGACCUUGUACGAGCUGCCAUGAAGCAGGUCGAGAUCUCCAGCAAUGAGACUUCCGACGUCAGCCGCCGUACAUCGCACUCGUCCAUCAUCAACGCUUAUGGCGCUGCUGCUACCGCUACCGUUGGCGGCGGCGGUGGCGGCGGCGGCGAGUCAACCUCGCAGUCGGGGGCGGCGGCCCUGACGUUGCCGGCGCUGGACGUGGCGGUGGCGGCGGCGGAGGCGGCACGUGAGGAUGAGGAGCAGCAGCGUGAGGCGGCGGAGAGGCGCCAGGCGCGGCUGAUCAAGUCACUAACGAUGUUGCUGACCACCGGUCGGGGUGAACGGCCUUCACGGCCAUCAUCCGCGGCCUCGCACUUGAGUCGCCGGGGCUCCCGCAUCUCGCGACGAGACGAAGACUGCGAAGACGCGGACGUUGACGCGGACGAUGACGACGACGAAGAAGAAAUCAACAGCGACGAUGCUGAUACGGACGCUGGCGGCGUCACCCACAGCGGCGGCGGCGGCGCCCCCGCCAGUGGCGGCGCAGGAGCCAAUCGUUCGCCGCGGCCUUCCGUGGACAGCGCAUCAACCGCAGCCACAACCGCCACCCAACCGUCGCAACCAUCAGUGGAGAACUCCCAAAGCACCGUGCGCGGCGGCAGCGGCGGCGGCGACUUGGCACCUCAGCCGCCGCCGGCUGCGAAGCCCGCGCGCUCUCCCCACCCGCCGCGCUCCUUCCGCUCCCGAAGUCAUCGGCGGCUGACGUCUUCGUCCGCCGGAUCGCGCCUGACGCUGCGCGGCCACAGCAACCGGAGCAUCCGGGUCGGCGGCGGUAGCGGCGGCGGCGGCGGCGGCGGCGAUAGCGACAGUGAUACGCUGGAGGCUGCCGCGGCCAUCGCAGAGAAUGGCGGUCUGGAUGCCAUGGCGCUGUUGGAGUUUGCUCAGCAGCUUGAUGAAGCCAACGAGGAAUUCAGGCUGGUUGAGGCCGCUCGCGAGCGGGCUCGUCGCCUGGAGGCCAUGUUGACUCAGGCCCAACUGGCCGCUACCAAGCAGUCCGCAGCAGUAGCUAGGCGCCGUGCGACGGGUGAUGGCGCCACUGCCGGUCCCGGUCCUGGUGCUGGUGGUGGCGGUGGUGGUAGUGGUGGUGGUGGUGGUGGUGGUGGUGGUGGUGGUGGUGGUGGUGGUCGACCUGCGUCUCCCGACCGCCAGCCCCUGGACUUGUACCUGCUGGCCAAAAGAAGGGAGGGCAUCAAGCCGCACAAUGUCACGCAGGUUAUAUCGUCCAUGGAGGCCCCCCUGGACCGACCCAUGGAGGUGGACCUGGAUCAUCUUCUAACUUCCAUCGGUGACGCCCUGGCGAUGGACGAGCAAGACGUACAGGCGACCAAGUUUGACGAGACGUUCAGAAUCCGGACAGAGAGGUACCUGGCUCAGCUGUGUCGUAUGAACCCCGCAGCCUUCGAGGAGGUUUCCGCAGCCCAGGCUGAGGCCGACUACCGCUCCUCCGUGGAGAGAGCCAAACUGCGACUAAGGCAGCUGCAUGGGGAGGUGGCGGGGGAGCCGCUCACAAGCGCGGGGAAGCCCCGAAGCCAGUACGACAAGGCCGUGGUGAUGCUGCAGGCCCACCGGCCGUUCUUCCUGCCUCCCGUGAUGCCCCGGGAGGUUCCGGAGCGGGCUCCUGUUCCCCCCAUGUUGGGCGGGAGGGGCUCAACGCGGCCCCCCUGGGACGUGUAUGCGUCCAUAUUUAGGGAGAGGAAGCGGGGGGAUGCAAGGGAUGUGUACGACAACGAUGCCGUAUUGUCGGCGCAGUUCCAAUUGGACUGGUCGCGCAUCGUCACCAAGAUGCUCUUCAUGAAGCUCGUGGCGCGAGAAGACCUAGGGGUUCGUGGCAAGAGCGGUCGUCAGGCGCUAGAGCAGGAGCUGACUGAGGUACGGGACGCGCUGGCGGAACACUUCGCCAUGAUCCGCUCCGCCUUCAUCUACUACUCCAUUGCCACUCCGGAGGAGGUGUAUACGGCAGCGCUGUCGGCGGCUGUCGCCGCCGCCGCCGCCUCCGGCGGCAGCAUCGAGGCUGCCGCCGCCGAAAUCGCCGCCAACUUCACGAUGGCGGCGGCACGGCGCGGACCGCCGCCGCCGGCGACGACAGCCACGGAUAUGAGCGACGGCGCUGCCGCCGCCGCGGCCGCGGCGGCGGCAGAGAAGCCGCCGUCGCUGGAGGAAUCAGAACGCGCGAUGACGGCGGCAGCGGCGGCCACCGCCGCCGGCGGCCCGGUCACCAGCGGGUUUGGCAUUUUGGAGAUGGACGAGCAGCAAUGGCUGGCCUUUUGCACGUCUUCCGGUAUCACGAGCCGACCCAUCGGCGUCCGGGUGAUGGACCUCCGAGCGCUGUUCUGGACAGUCAAUCGCGAGGAGGAGAGGAACCUAACCAGUGAGAGUGUGGCCAACAACGACUACGCUCUCAUGAGGUUUGAGUUCAUGGAGUCGCUGGUUCGCGCGGCGUUUGGUCGCUACAUCACGACGGGCCUUAUGCGGGAUGCGUCUGAUGCCACGAAGAGGUUACUGGAGGACUUGAGGGUGUCGCUGCCCGUUAUUGCCAAGGUUGAGCCCAAUGAUUUCAGACGUAACCGGCUGUAUACGGCAGAGAUGGAAGUGGCUGUCGUACACAACCUGGAGUUGCUCACCGCAUCGUUCAAGCUGUACAAGGCUCGUGAUCGCGCCAAGUACUUGAGUAUCGACCACUGGAUGUCUUUCUUGGAAACCAACAACUUGCUGUCGCCCCAUAUGGGGGGUAUUUCUCCAACCGAAGCCCGGCUUAUAUUCGCUUGGAGCCAGAUGGUGGUGGUGGACGAGCUCAAGUUGAGACGGAGAGCCGUCAGCUUGCAGCUGUGGGACUUUGUGGAGGCUGUCGCGCGCCUUGCCGACCGGGUGGCUCUUCCCACCACAGAGGAGAUGGACAAGUGGAUGCUGUACAAGCUCAACAUUGGCCGCCACACCCCCCUGCCGCCGGGGCACACGCGCGUUUGGACCUACUGCAAUGCGCUGGCUACCGGCCGCGGUGGCCCCGGCCUGGAUCGCCGCAACUCGGGCCGCGACAUCCUGAGUGCGCCCACGCGCCCCCUGGCCGUCAAGUUCCGGGCGCUGACGGAGUACCUGGCGGGCUCGCUGGCGGUGGCCUGGGGGGGCAACAACACCCACGAGACGUCUCAGAGCAUGAUGCGGACUGCCAACAUGCUGUGCGGAGGAGUAGAGCUGGCGUGA